CUCAACAGAAUGCUGAUUUGCAGUCUACCAUUAAAUCCUUUCAAGAGACUAUGUCUCGAGUAACUAAAACUCUAGAUAAUAGUAAAAAAUCAUCUAAGAAGAGAGUGGAAGAUACUGCCAUUAAUCACUUUUUGAGUGACUUACUAAGAAAAAAUCCUGGUAAACACCCUGCCGAUGAAUAUGAUCAUGAUCCUAUAGAAGAUAUUUCAGAUAUGUUAUAA